AAAAUUAAAAAACUGUGUUGAAAUAACAUGUUUAACUUCAGAGCCAGAGAAUGUUUCCUGUGGGGAGAUAUGUAGCUUAACUGCGAAGAGCAAGACUUCUGGGUUGUUUUACCCAUUGUUAAAGAAACCAGUGAACUGCCUACAUAUGAUACAUCUCCUACAUAAGACCCCUACCUGGCAAGACUCCCACACCAGGAAUAUCAAUAAAGAUGGAGGAUCCCAAAGGGAUCACAUUGAUUAUAAUAUUUUGUCAAAAGUUUAUGAGGAAGACUAUAUUAAUGAACUUGUCCUGAUGGAAUCCAAUGGAAAUGAAGAUAAUGAGUUAGCAGAUUCACUUGUUAGGAGAACAUUUAGUGCUUAUGAAGGAGUGUUUUAUAACAAACGAGGAAUUGUUUUAGGGUCUCAAACACCAUGGAUUGAAGCCAUGUUGUUAUGUCAACAUGUGAAACAUUUAAUAACUUUAGAUAACAAUGUAAACAUUGUAUUUAUCCAUCCUAAGAUAUCAAAAUACAACCCAUUUGAAUUUUCCGAACUAUUUUUACAAAGUCGGAUACAACAUUUUGAUUUUGCAGUGUCGUAUGACUUUGUAGACCAAUCUCAAAUAGACAUGAAAGAGAACACAUAUGGAGAUCUACAGACUGUGGCACAAGUGUGGUGUGUGCUCAAACCAAGGGGUCUCUUUUUUCUAGCAGUUCCUGAAUCGCACAAUCAAAGCUCUUAUACGACAUCCAAUUCUCAGAGAGUGUAUGCAAAUGACAGGCUCCAACAUUUAACUGCAAACUUCAAUGUUUUAGAUCAUUUUCGAAGUGGGAAGGUGAAUGGAAAGAUACAUUUUGGAAUGUGGGUCCUUCAGAAAAUAGACACAUGAACUUAUUUAUUUUGAGGAGAACUAAACAGAAGACCAAUUCAGUGAUAUCAGGAGAGUCAAAAUCUUUAGUCUGAAAUUAAAUUGAAAUGUAUUUUAUGAUGAAUAUGUGUGUCUAUGAGCUUGGUUCAAAACUACAAGUUCUGUAGAGAUAAAAAAUAUAAUAUCACUUAGCCAUGGUCACAGGAUGAUAAGCAUAAUUUCAAAAUAGUUGUAAUUUCUAGAACUUCCAGAUCACCCUGUAUGAUCAUUCACUUGCAUUACAGUUAAACUUUAUUUCUAAGUAAUCUUUGUUUUUAUACUUUU